CUGCCCACGCCCCCCAACUCCAUCUCUCCGACUCUCCCCCCGCAGCACAAGUUGCGCCACUCCUCGCUCAACCCCAAGAACCACCGAGCGCAGAACAGCGACUCGGAUGUUGAUUUGCUCGAUGCCGCCCCCACCUCCGCCCCGGCGCCUCUCUCGACUGCCGCUCUCUCCGGCCUUGAGGCCACCGACACCAUUACUCCCUCUUUGCUCGCCAAAAACCACCUGCCGGAAAUCCUCCUUCACAACGGGCCCGUCGCCAUCCGUCAUGUCCUCAUGAAUCUGGCUCAGUCCGUUCCGGGCUUCAGCCGCAUUCCGCAGGCCAAGGCGCGGAGGCUCGUCGUUGCCGCGCUCGAGAGUCGCAGCGUCGGUAGCAGUGCGCAGCUAGUGGAUGGCGACGUGGCAUUCGAAAAGGUCGGUUGGGGACGCUGGGAUGCGUAUGUGGUCGGACAACCGAGGCCGGAACGGAUGGCAGAGGUUAUGCGUCAGGCGGCCUUUUCGCCACCUGCGAGCGUGCCCGAGUCUUACGCCAUGUCUCACCAUGGCGGCUUGCAGAUCCCGCGAGUGGGGGCCAUGGCACGCUCCCACCGCGACGGCAUGUACACUGGCUCCUGGGCCGCAAGCUCGCCCCUCAGUUCCAGCCACGCGGAGCGCGACUAUGACAUGGACAUGCACAUGGCGGAGCACGAGGCGGACAAGAUGUCCCUUGACGGCGAUAAUGAUGACGUUGCUUACGACUCUCCUGCUCCGCCGGAUGCAUACGAUGAUGACGACGUUGAACUUGACGAUGAAGAUGACGCGACGGACGAGGAAGAUUGGGCUGGUAUUGGUGCAGAGUCGCUGCGCAAAGGCAGCAUG